GGCGGCGGGCGGCCGAGGCGGCGGGGAGGGGGGGUGGGGGGGGACGGAGAGCGGCUUCGCUCGUAGAGGGGGGGGAAAAAAGAGGCACCCCCCCCCCACGCCGACCGGCUCAGCGUAAACCGCCGCGGCGGGAGGGAGCGAGCGAGCGGGGCCCGCGGCGCUGCGCCCAGCCAUGGACAAUCAGUGCACGGUUCAAGUAAAAUUGGAGCUGGGGCACCGAGCCCAACUGCGGAAAAAGCCCACCACUGAAGGGUUUACUCAUGACUGGAUGGUGUUUGUCCGUGGUCCGGAGCAGUGUGACAUCCAGCAUUUUGUGGAAAGGGUGGUCUUUCGGCUACAUGAGAGCUUCCCAAAACCCAAGCGAGUAUGCAAGGAACCCCCUUACAAAGUGGAGGAGUCUGGCUACGCAGGCUUCAUUAUGCCCAUUGAAGUGCACUUCAAAAAUAAGGAGGAGCCGAAAAAGGUUUGUUUCACAUAUGACCUGUUCUUAAAUUUGGAGGGAAAUCCACCUGUGAACCACCUUCGUUGUGAGAAACUGACUUUCAACAACCCCACCAAGGAAUUCAGACGCAAGCUCAUUAGGGCUGGAGGGGUAAUGGUAAUGCCAGAAGGAGCAGAAACUGUUUCAAGGCCAAGUCCUGAUUAUCCUAUGUUACCCACGAUACCACUCUCUGCCUUCUCUGAUCCUAAGAAGACCAAACCAUCCCAUGGGUCGAAGGAUGCAAACAAGGAAAGUAGCAAGGCAUCCAAGCCACACAAAGUAACCAAGGAACACAGAGAGAGGCCAAGAAAAGACUCUGAGAGCAAAAACUCCUCCAAAGACCUUGAAAGAGAACAAAACAAGCCUUUGAAGGACUCCUCCAGAAAACCAACUGAGAACAAACUGCCUAAGGAGGAGAAGGCACCUCCAAAAGCUGCUUUCAAGGAACCAAAAUUGGCCGUGAAGGAGACCAAACUGGAGAACACUUCUCCAAAGGGUGGGCCACAGCCGGAGUUAAAGUCUUCCAGCAAGAGGCCCUCGAAUGUGGAGUCACCAAAGCCUAGUGCCAAAAAACAAAAAAAGAGUAGCUCCAAAGGGGUAAAGAAUAUCCUAGGGACAUCUCCCAGAACCUCGUCUUCCUCAUAUCCAGAGAAGAAACAAACCAAGGAGAAGAUGAAUGCCAAAGUGGAAAAGGUAAAAUCUGAGAGUGAGGCCAAGGAGAUCAAAAAGCCGGUGGAAAUGGAGGAGUCGAAUUCAGAGGAUGAAACUUCUUUCAAGUCAGAGGGGGUUAAGUCUGUCCAGUCCAGCCCUUCCAACUCCAGUUCCAGCUCCGACUCCAGCUCUGACUCUGAUUUCGAGCCAUCUCAGAACCACAGUCAAGGCCCGCUGCGCUCCAUGGUGGAAGAUCUGCAGUCAGAGGAGUCAGAUGAUGAUGACAGCUCCUCUGGAGAAGAGGCAGCAGUCAAAGCAAACCCAGUCAGCCGGGAUUCCAGACUGAGCCUUAGUGACAGUGACAGUGAUAACAGUGCAGAUUCCUGCCUGCCAAGUCGAGAGCCACCUCCUGGUCAGAAACUGCCCCCAGCAAAUAAUAAGGCGUCGGGACGAAAAAGCCCAGAGUCUUGUAAUAAGCCAGAGAAGAUCCUGAAGAAGGGAACAUAUGACAAGGCCUACACUGAUGAAUUAGUGGAGCUUCACAGGAGACUGAUGGCACUACGAGAGCGCAACGUGCUGCAGCAGAUUGUAAAUCUCAUUGAGGAAACCGGGCAUUUUAAUGUUACCAACACAACCUUUGACUUUGACCUCUUCUCCUUGGAUGAGACGACCGUCCGUAAGCUGCAGAGCUACUUGGAAGCGGUAGCGACAUGACGCUUGGCCUUAGAAGCAGGCUGCUUUUGAAACCAGAAAUCCCCUUUAUUGGUACCAGGAAACGAACCCAUGGAACUAGGCCUUCUUACUCUCUUGAUUCACCCGAAGCACUGCCUUAGAGAACAGCCAUGCUCUAUGAAUGCACAGCCAGCUGCACUUUCUUGUAGGCUUCAAACAAGCACCCGUCUUGCUGAGUCUGUCCUCCCUAGCUUCGUAAGUCCGCUCGGGCGCAGGUCCCGAGUAGAGCAAAAGAUGUGCUGCACUUAAGCUGCACAGCGUGACCUUUUUCGGUUUUACUUCAAGAAACUGUGUUUUAAGAGCACAUUUUCAGGUGUCUCUGAGAUCUGAAGAAGCGCGGACGAUGUUUUUCUUCACCAAAUCUAGGGACCAAGCCUGCCUGCAGAGAGCUCUAGCGCGUCCCGUUCCCUCCAGCUCUGUGAAGAAGCGUUCCUGCUGUGUAAGUACGAUUGGCUUUUACAAAGCCAGCCGAGAGCCUGAUGACAGAGGAGGCUGCCCAGGGGUCCUGCUGGUCGUCUGCAGGGGAAAGUGGACAGAUCCCAGUUUUGAUCACUCGCGGUUCGGGACAGAGCACUGCUGUAAUUUGGCUCCCGAUUCCUCCAGGGCGUCGUUGCGCGCGCAGGACCUUCAGCUUCCUGCAGGGACAGUUCGUGCUCUUUGAAGAGGCCUCUAGAAUCUGCUGUCUCCCGCUGGGGUUUUGAGAUGUCUUGUUUGUUGAUCUGAGCUCCUAAACAAAGUCUCACUCCUUUCAGUCUGCUUUAACUGUAAUAGGACUACAAAACUGUAAGCUGUAUAUUUUAUAUAUAUAUUAUAUAUAUGUAUGUACUGUAUGUAUAAGAAGGGCCUAGUUGGGUCUUAUGAUCUUAAGGGUGUGUUUUUCUGUUUUGUUUUUUAAUGGCUAUGGCAGGGGAAGGGCGCUUAAUAAGAUUUGACUUUGGUUGUUCAAAUGCCUCUCGUGGACAAUUUUGAGUGUAUGAAAGCUGAACAGCAAUCUUCAAAGCAUUUUGUGCUCUGGAAGGGGCUCACCUGUUGUCUUUUCAUUUUGUCAGUGUUUAAAAACUUUGCCAAAAUACGUGGUUGGUUUUGUUCUAUGUUCUCAAAGAGGAAUCUCCUACAGUGGCCCCUAUAGUAGUGGCUGUACUUUGGGAAAACCAAAACAAGGGAGAAUUUUAUCUUUGGACACACCUGGAAAACACUGAUGUAAAAAACCAAGCGGUCAGGUUUGUUUCCUCCUCCCUCUCCCGCCCCGCUGCCCGUUCAAGAAAUGGCAGGAAACAGUAAACACUAAUGCAGAAUCUUUCAUAUAUUUCUAGUUAAACUAGUAUUGACUUCCACGUGUUGUCUCGGUGGGUGUGGGGAAAAUCCUGUAGCUUUCAUCAAAACUGUAUUACACUCCUGUUCCCUGAUUUCAGUAUUUUUUUUUUUUAUUAUUAUUAUUAUUAUUAUCUUUGGAAGAAUUGUUCAUUUUUUUUUUUUUUUUUUUUCCCAAUCAGUGUGUAAGCUUUUGCCAAAUGUUAAGUGGGCUGCAGGCAGCGAGGAGGAGCGCAGCGGUGCCGAGGAGCCCCCCGCUCACGAGCGGACCCUCGUGGACCUGCGACAGCCCCGCGUGGGAGCCGGGGGGUGGCAUCUCUCCAGGGUUUGCUGUCCCUUCAUUAUGAAAUUGCAGUCCCUUGUUUUGGGUUUACCCCUUUCUUUAUCAUGGAAAUGUUGCAACUAAUCAACUUAAGUGGCAAUAUGAUGAUAAGCUUGUUUGAGUUGGGUCAUGUUGACCCGAUUCCCGUUAAUUUUUGUCUUUGUACCAUCUUUCAUGUGUUGUGUGUGUGUGUGUGUGUGUGUGUGUGUAUAUAAAAAAAAAAUCAAGCUCAUGCCAGGUGCAAACCCUGUCACGACAGUGAUCUCAGCUGUUUUCUUUCUUGAUGGACAAUGCCAAGCCUGGAUAGAAACCCUGUGCGCAGACGUACGCCGCGGAGGUGGAGGACCGUGGGAAGAGGAGGAGGAGGAAGAGGAGGAAGAGGAGGAGGAGGAGAUGCCGUUCCCUCUCGGCGGGCAGCCGGGGACGCGGACGGCGGGCGCAGCCCACGGGCGGUGGCGGCCUGGCCGCUGGGCCGGGGUGGGCGCGUGUGAGCUCCGGGCUCCUCGUGGGCUCCGGGGCGGCCCCUGGCAGGGGUGGCCUUGGCCUUGGCCUUGGCCUUGGCAGGGGCGGCCCCGUCCCCGCAGCGGGGGCCGCCAGCCUGAGCCGGGGAGCGCCCAGGCCUCUGCCUCCCCCCCCCCCCCAGGCCCGGGCAGCGGAGGGGCCGCUUCCCUCCUGCCCCCUUCUCCCCGUAAGAUCCGAUGGUCUCGCUGCCCCCGGCCAGGCCCAGCGCGUGGGCGGCUGUUCCUGAACUCGGCUGGAAGUUCCCCAGGGGCUCCCGCCCGCGGCUGUGACAUCGUCCCGUCCUGGAACUGACUUUAUUCGUGAUGUCUAAUGAGCGUUGAUAGGGAUUUUGUUUGGUUUUUAUAAGAAGUAUUUUACACAUGGAUUUUUUUAGACUGUUUAUAAUCUCCUUGAAAAACCUGAACUAGGAUUGUUCCCCCAGCAAUAGUUCUUUUCCAUUGUGUGCACAUGCUGAUUUGUUACUAAAAGGUUUCUUGCAAGUACUUAGUUGUUCUACAGAGUUGUUGUUUUUUGGGGUAUGUGGUAGCGUCGGGGACCGCAGGAGGAAUGACUCUGCAAACAAAGAAUGGUCAAAUUUGGGCCUCAUCUUGUGUCCCCUUCUAGUUACAUAUGAACGAGUUCCCUGUGUAGAUUCUCUAUAGGCUGGCUGAAUGCUGUUCUGAACAUGCCGUGUACAGGUAUUUGUGGAUAAAGUGUUUGUUCUUGUGUCACUCUUGAGAGCAUGGAUGGAUUAUUGUACUAUAGGAAGGAGGUGGCAGUGCUGCUGUCAGCAUUGCUUCAGGUCUUCGAGGAUGUGUAGUAGCUUGCGUUGUUAAAAAAAAAAACAAAAAAAAAAAAAAGGAAAAAAAAAACACAAAAAAAAAAAUCUCCAAAAUUGACUUGUAGCCAUAAUGGUUUUUCCAAGGAAGAUGGACAGAACUCUGUUACUUUGCAGUGUCCUUCGUCGUGUUGCUGAAGGCACGAACAAGUGCUGAUCGGUCUGGAGGCUUUCAGAGUUGCUUUGAAUUGAAUCGUGUUGGAGGUAAGAUCAGGACACGGCUUUUCCUUUGUCCUUGGCCUUCGUAUCAAAGGGCAAAAGAGGGGUCAGGAGCAUUUUACCUGUUGUCUUGGUCUGCGUACGUAUUAAGCCUUGAGGCUUUGAUUACUGACAUUUACUAUUAAAAAAAAAAAAAAAAAAAAAAAAAGAGAGUAAGGCUGAGCUGGAUCCCAAAACGCCAGCUGAGGAAUAUUGGACACGUAGGUAACGGGGCUGGCUGUGCCGUGGUCAGGCUGAAUACAUGGAAGUGCAAUGAUUUUUGCCACCAGUUCUUCCCGUGCUGUGUGCGGUGGUAGCAUCAGAACUAGCAAAGCGAUUGACGCAACAAUCCAGCAGCAGUUUUUGUCAGCUCUUGACCGUAUUUGAUGGUGAGAGAGGUUUCACCUCCCCUCGCGCGGAGCUUGCCCUGUCCCGUCCUCUGCAAGCAGAGCCCCCCCCCCCCCCCCCCCCCCCCCCCCGCGUCCCUCUGGUUCCGCCGAUUCCCGCGCUCACCUCGGCGAAGGCACCGGAGCGCGGUCGGUGCACUCGGCCGAAGCUUCUCUCCCCCAGCCCAGGUGCCCGGCCCGCGCUCGUGGCGACGCUGGAGACCAACCGGUGCGCACCCUGCACCAGGGUUACUUCUAAAAAGACGCAAAAUCGAUCGGUGUUGCUUCCCUGGGGGCGGGGAAAUAGCCAUCAAAAACUGACAAGAUGAGUUUGCACUCCUAAAGAAAAAAAAUGUAAGUACUUCAACUUCUAGAUAAUUUUUAAUUGUAUUUCUGCCUAGAGCCGAGGUAUUAAAUACCUUGUCACUUGAGGAUUUUAAAAGUUGUGUUGGGAAAUGAAUUCUUCACUCAGCUGUAAGAAAUUCAGCUGGCCCAAGACUAACUUCAAGAUUAAAAAAAAAAAAAAAAAAAAAAAAAAAAUCAUGUUUGUAAUACGUUACAGGAUUGUUUGUCCUGAAUUUUAAACUUUUUGUUAAAUUUGUGGAACUAUGGAGGAAUUUUCUAGAAAAAGUGAAAUAAAGUAAGAUGGAAAAGUAAAA